AUGAACACGGCGGGGUCUCGGGUGGGAAACAGGAUGGACCCAAGCCUGCUGGCCUGCCAGGCCUCCAGGACCAUCCAGCCGAUUGUUAACUCGGCAGGGACAAACACCGAAAGCCAAGAUACUCCAGACAAAAAUAGAAUUGAUGACUUGCACUAUAGGGUUUUGCGGCUAGAGGCGCUGUUGGAAACGCUGAUCACUGCUGGCGUUUUCAGGGAUGUCUCCCUACCUUCGCCCUGCGGCAUUCCGCUUACGCUCAGACCAACAGAGCACUUGCGAGGGCCGCUGUCCACCGAGAGUACAGCAGCGCAUGCAACAGCAGAGCAGACGGCGUCGCCACCCGCACCUUCACCCCCGCCGCCGCCGCCGCCGCCAUCGUCAGCGCCCCCAUCGGACGCCUUUGGAAGCGCCCUGGUCGUACACCCACCCCCACCUCCGCCGCCGCCGUCGUCGUCGUCGUCGUUGCCCUCUGCUAUCCCUCCUUGUCCCCAGCCGGGCCCCUCUGCCACUGCUGUCCCCGCCGCUCCUGCUUCUCCUGUUGCUCCUACUGUUCCUGCCACUUCUGCUCCUGAUGCCCCUGUUGCUGCCGG